AAUAAUUAACAGACUGAUUAAAGAGUAAAUGGUCCCAAAAGCAUAUCCUCAAGAAUCUUCUGGUUGACCGACUUGAGUCCACAUGGCAGCCUUUUGGUGUUUUAACGUUCAAAACCCGACUCUUUCCGAAGGCAACGUCCUUGUCUCACGACUCUCAUCCUUCGCAUUUGUUUAUAAACAAAAGAGAUAAGACCAAGAAAGAGUAGUAGUCGUCUCUUUGUAAUAAUAAUAUUCUCAAAUCAUUUCGGCGUUGCUCACCAACCUGAUUUCUCUUCUACUUUCACAUACAACUCGUGUCGUCUUAUUAAAACAGGACAUAGUUAUUAUAAAGGGUUUCUUUGUUUGUCUCGGGGUUUGUGUGGUGAAAAUGGAGAACAAGAACAAUCAUGGAAACGAGGAUGGUCCAAAACAUAGCCAAGUGGUGAAGAUAAAGAGAGAAUUUGAGAAGAUAUGGCAACCAUCACUGCAUCAAGCGGAGAUGAGAAGGGUCCUUACCGAGAUCAAGAGGAGUCAACGUUCACGUUCACCACUUGGCUUAGGAGAGAGAUCUAUUUCCGUUGGGAACAGAUGAUCCAUAUUUGCCUUGCAGUCGACAGAGAGUUUAAGAAGGAGAGGAGUUUCUUCAAUAGUUGCAGAGUUUGUUGUCUAUCUGUCUCUAUGUAAAUACGAUUUGGUUUAAAUAUGACCGAUGUAUAGUUGCAGAGAUACGAUGUAUGAAUCUGGAUUUACAUGACAUGUAUGUGAAAGAGAUAUUGUCACUAUUAAUGAACAAAACUUAUAUAUAUACAACAAGA